CGACGCCGCGCAAUUAUUUCCACGGGAAAUCAUCGGAAAUUCUUCAAGGAAACGGAUGCUUGUUGUCGAACAAUGGACAUAAAAGAUAGCAGCGACGAAGAAGAAAUACAUAACAUUUCAGCAUUUACGAAAUUCGACGAAAGCAUCGAGGUACGAAACGCAGAGGAGAUACAGAGCCCAGUAAAUCGUAGACCAUCCAGUUCGAGAAGAACCAGACAACAUCCGGUGAACGAGAGCAGCAAUGCUGGAAGAAUAAAUUCUCCUCGUGAGAAGUUCAAUUUUCGAAAAUACUCGGAUAAUGAUAACAGCUUUGGGAAAUCCAUGGGAAUCCACAGUGAUCCAUCAGACAGUGAAGAGAACGAUGACGAUGAUAUCCAAGGAAUGAGCAAUGCCCAACACGUUGAGAUUUAUAAUCCUAAAGAUUUCGAAGAUUUAGAUGUAUCUACGGAGGUGAAGGAAUUGUUUCAAAACAUAAUGAGGUACACUCCACAAAAGAUCGAUCUGAAUUACAAACUCAUACCGUUCAUUCCCGGCUAUAUCCCAGCAGUGGGUGAUAUAGACGCCUUCAUAAAAAUCCCACGACCAGACGGUGUGGAGGAUAAGAUUGGUUUAACAGUUUUGGACGAGCCCUGCACCAAUCAAUCCGACCCGGCUGUGCUUCAUCUUCAAUUACGCAGCCAUUUACGAAGUGCAGGGGCUGCCAGACAAACGGUGAUAAAGAGGAUCGAGGAUGCUGAAAAAAAUGGGAAGUCCAUCGAUAAGUGGAUAGAGGAUAUAAACCAGCUUCACAGGAGUAAGCAUCCGCCAGCUGUUAAUUUAAAAAAACCCAUGCCGGACAUAGACUUGUUACUUCAACAAUGGCCAGCGGAAGUUGAAGAGAAGCUCAACGAAACUGAAUUAGACUUCACGCAGUUGGAUUGUCAACUGCCAGAACUGGUCGACAUCGUUUCCAAUCUUCUGGACAUCCCAUCGGAAGAGGAUACGAGAUUGGAAACGUUACACACGCUUUUCACAUUGUAUCUGGAAGUUAGAAAUGUUAGAGCUCAGAAAUAUUAA